GUCAGCAGGCACCACCACGGGGAGAUCAGAACUUCUAGCUGGCUCUCUGCUGCCACAGCUCCACCGAAGGGUGGGGAGGAAGAGGAGGACCGCCCGACCCAGAGCUGAGGACAGCAGGUGAAUCACCUGGAUCAUGAGGCCAUCCCUCUGCUGGCUCCUCCCACUUCUCUUCAUCUUGGCCUCAGGGGCCCAAGGCCAGUUAACAAGACGACCAAGACCUGGGAGCCGGCCCAGGCCCAGGCCCCAGCCCCGGCCCAGGCCCACUCCAAGCUUUCCUCAGCCCCAUGAGCCAGCAGAGCCCACAGACCUGCCUCCCCCACUGCCUCCGGGCCCUCCGUCUGUCUUCCCUGACUGUCCCCGGGAAUGCUUCUGCCCCCCUGAUUUCCCAUCGGCCCUCUACUGUGACAGCCGCAACCUGCGCAAGGUCCCUGUCAUCCCGCCCCGCAUCCAUUACCUCUAUCUCCAGAACAACUUCAUCUCUGAGCUCCCUGUGGAGUCCUUCAAGAACGCCACGGGCCUGAGGUGGAUCAACCUGGACAAUAACCGGAUUCGCAAGGUAGACCAGAGGGUGCUGGAGAAACUGCCCAGCCUGGUGUUCCUCUACAUGGAGAAGAACCAGCUGGAAGAGGUGCCCUCRGCCCUGCCCCGGAACCUGGAGCAGCUGAGGCUCAGCCAGAACCACAUCUCCAGGAUCCCCCCGGGCGUCUUCAGCAAGCUGGAGAACCUGCUGCUCCUGGAUCUGCAGCACAACAGGCUGAGCGACGGCGUCUUCAAGCCCGACACCUUCCAGGGCCUCAAGAACCUCAUGCAGCUCAACCUGGCCCACAACAUCCUGAGAAAGAUGCCACCCAAGGUCCCCUCGGCCAUUCACCAGCUCUACCUGGACAGCAACAAGAUCGAGACCAUCCCUAAUGGAUACUUUAAGGGCUUCCCCAACCUCGCCUUCAUCCGGCUGAACUACAACAGGCUGUCGGAUAGGGGACUCCCCAAGAACUCCUUCAACAUCUCCAACCUGCUCGUGCUGCACCUGUCCCACAACAAGAUCAGCAAUGUGCCAGCCAUCAACAACAAGCUGGAGCACCUGUACCUCAACAACAACAGCAUAGAGAAAAUCAAUGGGACGCAGAUCUGUCCCCAUGACCUGGUGGCCUUCCACGACUUCUCCUCAGACCUAGAGAACGUGCCACACCUGCGCUACCUGCGGCUGGAUGGGAACUUCCUGAAGCCACCCAUCCCGCUGGACCUCAUGAUGUGCUUCCGCCUCCUGCAGUCCGUGGUCAUCUAGACCUUGCCCUGGGCUGGACCUCCUCUGACCGCACUUGAAGGCGCCUGUGCCCAUCAUUUUUCUCUGUCGCCCUCUCUUGCUCUCAGCCCUGCCUCUUACCUCUCCCCUUUCUGAGGAUGGGAGAUGCCGUAUGUUCUGCUGCAGCUCUGAAGCAAGACUUCCCAGGGCUUGAUUUGGUCCCACCCAGUUCAAAGGCACCCCCUGCACAACCCCCCCAAACGGCUGGCCUCCUGUGGUCUCCCUCUGCUCCAGAAACACAGAUGUAUGCCUAAGGACUUCACAUACCCUCUUCCCUCUUCCACCCAUCACUCCUGGCUCAGGCUGGGCCAUGGAUUGACAUCUGACCUUGGUCCUGGCCAAGUGAGACACAGAGAUGAUUUGGGGAAGCCCAGAGGUGAGCUUUGGAGAGUCCUGCUGGAGAUUUCUCCAUCUUGGGCAACGCUGCCCCAAAGAGGCUGAGAAAUCCAGGUCUCCUCAACCAAGGAUCCCUCCUUCCAAAACUGCUGUUCCACCUCCCUGUUCAGGGACACUGCACUGCUCUCUGCCAUCCACAUUAUCCAGGAAGGAAGUGUGAGGGAAUGACCAAGAUGGGCCGGAGGGUGAGGGUUUCCAAAGGGCCUGCAUCUGGCUGUCUCUGCACAGGGAUAGUCUGAAGUCCCUCCUCCUUCUCCAGGCAAACCCAGUCUCCUGCUGGGCYUCAGAUAGGAACAGUGGCUCAAAGAACUGGGAUUCAGCUAGAGGGAGAGGGCUGGGGAUCAGGGUCKGAGGCUGGGCCCAUGUCAGUAUAGAUGGGCCCUGCAGCCCCCCUGACCCAACUUCAACACAAGUCCUGAGGCCCUGGGGAACACAGUGUUCACAGUGGAAGGUCAAGASACACCGCCCCACCCCGCCAUCUGUUCCGUGUUAGUGUGAUCAGCCCAGUCACUUCCACCCCCAAGCAGGCGGUUCUUGAGGAACAAGGAAGAAGGGGCGGAGCAUCUGGAAAUCUCCCAGAAGCCUCUGCCACAUUGGAAUUUGGCCCCCAUUUCUAAGACAGACACAUCAGUGACACCUGGUGGCUGCUGAAGGUCACAGCUGGCUCCAGACUCCUCACCCUCUCKGUGGGGUGAUGUUCCAAGGUUAAGAAGCUGGUAUAGGAUUCCAGCUUGGAAGAGCCACGGGUGACAUGCAUGGUGCCUCUCUCCUCUAGAGCCCAAAGGGCACAAAGGUGUAGAGGUUUGCAUCUUUACUAACAGUGAAUGAGCAUAAAUGGGAAACCUUGGAGAGCCCAGAUGAGAAUACAGUUUGACCUUGAUCCUGACAGAUCCAUUUGCUCUCAGCUCCCACAUCCAUAAACACAGGUGGAGAUAAGAUGCUCCUUUGAGAUCCCAGUUCUCAUGUGCCAAGUCUUCAUCUCUGCACUCUCCAGCACACCCUAAUGCAGGACAAGUCUUACCUAUUACCCCUUUCUUUGCAGUAAUUUAUUCCCUAUAUGAUUGUCCCUCCCCAGAGGAUUCUCUUUUCUCCUUACCUGGCCCAGGUGAGCAGCUCAGCAGGUCUCCAAGUGGCACCUGGGCUUCCUCACCUACCUCUUUCCCCCUAAUUUACUCCAGGGGCUCUGACCCUCUGUAGUCCUGAGUGUGUAUGCUGGUGGGGAGUAUGGAGAGGUGGAUGUUCUGGAAACAGGUAACACAGUGCCCACCCUCAAGUCAGGAUGAGAAAAGCUCCAAAGGUUUCAAUAAGUUGGAUUAAGCAGAGUCCCUAACRUUAAGGUAUUUCUAUUAUACUCUCAUUCACUUCUUUUUUGCACCUUCUAGGCCCAUCCCACCCCUGACUCUUUUCCCUGCUCCAUUCAGCUUCCUCUUCUGGCUGCAGCUGGUUUCUCCAAGGCUCCUGCUUAAAGUCAACAUAUUAUUAUGGCUGCAAGCAACCUGGUGCUAUGGCCUGGAUAAGCCCCCUUCGGACCUGUUCACACCUUGUGACCUCAGCCCCUUUGGUGAGGCCCUCAGGGGAGCACAGCUCCUGUGACUCCCCAGGGGGAGCCUAGUCCUGCAAACCUGAACUAUUUUCUUUUAGUGGCCACACCAUCAUCGCCAUUCCAUUGCCCCAUCUAGAAUCCGUCUGCUCCCUGUGUUGCUCUCUGCAGCUGUACACCACAGGGGUAGCAUUCAAUUGGCAUCAUAGGUUACCCCCACCCCGGCCAAGCACACACAAUGGGCAGGUUGCCUUUCGGUCGGUUUAGAAAGCCCCUUCUCUUUACCCAAGUUCAUCGCCUCAGUGCUGUUGGCAUCUACAUAAACAGGUGUGUACGUAGGUGUGUAUGUGUACUCUGCACAUAUAGCUACUCUCUCUUGAAGACCAUGUUAACUUUGUGGAACAAGUUUCACAUUUCAACACGCUUUACAG